UGUAUUUGACAGCAGGACCAACGCAGAACAGCAGCAGCUAUGGCUAAAAGUGAUGGAUGCGAUUACUUUAAAAGGACCAGCCUGUUUUGGAUUGUCUCCGUGACAUUCGGGAUGGGAUAUUUCACAUGCAUUGUUUUUGCACCAGAGAAAAUCCCACUGGAACACCUCGGUCCAUUUGGAAGCUUCUGCCAAUACCUUGUAAAUAACUAUGCCGGCAUUAUGUACAAAGGGUGGUGGGCUGCCUGGGCUGUCCAUGUCUUUGAGGCCUUUGUUGCGUUGAGGGUAUGCAGUAACAAAGGCAUCACCAACACGGUCACACGCUUCCUCUGGUUUGUCCAGACCUUUCUGUUUGGCUUCGCCUCCCUCGGCCUGCUCCUCAAAUACGACCCGGAGCGCCCCAAACAGCACUGACUCCAGCAGGAAGAGGAGCCCACAGAACAACACUGCAUAAGCUGAAUCCAGAAAAUCAAUCACUACCUUGUGCCUCUUCUUCUUCCACUGUCUUUCUCCUUGAUAUCAAAGUGGAUGAAGAGUCCUGAGCCUUUGCUGUUAUUUUUACUUUUAACAUGAAAGUAUUGAAGUGAAGAAAUAUCUUUGGUAGAGACACUACAGUUUUUCUUACCUUACUCAGUUUCAUCCCAUGGAGUGUCUCUUAAUGAAUGUUUUUAUUGAUAAUAAUAUUAACAGAAAUGAUUUCAUAUUAGAGUUCUCUCAAUGAAUCUGUGUAUUUAGUGCUAUACAAGGGCAAUUAUUUUGUAUACCACAAUGGUUUGAGAUCAAUUUCUAAAACUACAAACUGGGAGUUUUUAACAUUAAUGCAAAAUAAAGAGUGACUAACAAAGAACAUGAAA